ACUAUUGGCGUGAAAUAAAAUGACGGAAGAAGACAGUCUCCAAUUGCACAUUGACAAUGAACCGGAAUCUGAUGAAUCGAAAAUAAUUUAUUCCUUUCGAGAUGGGGUUAUAUUUAUCAUCGAUGCUACGAAGGAGAUGUUCGAAGUUGAUCCGGAAGCGGAAAAAUCGUAUUUUUCGCAGUGUCUUGAGGCAUACAAAAAUAUAUUAGCAGAAAAAUUGUCGUGGAACAAAACCGAUUGGAUGGGUAUUAUAUUGAUGGGUACAAAUAAAUGGGACCAGGAUCCAGAAAUCAAACAUGUUUUCACCUGGCUAACUUUCGAGGAAGUUUCUAUAGAUCAAAUGACAGAGAUAGAUAAAGCUUUAUUAGAUGUGGAUAAGUUUCACGACGAUAUAGGCUCUUCAUCAGAAUACCCGCUACACGACGCAUUGUGGUAUGCUACUCGAUGUUUUAAUGCAGUCAAAAUUCAAAUGCCAUUCCGGCAUAUUGUACUGCUUACACGUUCGGAUAAUCCGCACGCAGAUGAUCCGAAGGAAAAGCACCGUAUCAGGUUAAAAGCAAACGAUUGUUCUCAUCUGAAUAUACGCCUAUCGGUCGUUGGAUUGGGAAAGGAAUGGAAUCCGUCGCAUUUUUUUGACGAAUUAGAAGUACACUCUGGGAAAUUUGACAAAGCUGAAGACUACGAAAGAACAUUAUUGACUGAUUUGGAGGAGGAAGUUAAACACGCAUCCAGAAUUACUUCUAAACUUCAGUGGUCUCUUGGAAAUGGCAUCAAAUUAGGAGUUUCUGUCAGCACUAUCACGGCGAAAACGAAAUUUCCCAAGCAAAUAAAACUGAAUAAAGCUAAUAAUGAGCCAUUGGAUGCAUAUUCUUAUUACAGAAAAGCUGAGGCAGGUUACUCAGAGGACGAGGAAGAUGCAGACGAAAAUGAAGAGUCUAUCGGAGAGAAAGUAGUUCUUUCUGAAAAUGUCUACAAUUGCCAAGAGUUUGGCGGACGAGUUAUCAAAUUUACAAUGAAAGAAUCGACGAAAUUGAGUAAUUCACGUGAAACAGGGAUCACUUUGCUUGGUUUUAAACCGAUUAGUAAAUUGGAUUUGUUACUCCAUUUAGAAGCACCAAAAUUUAUCACCUACAACGAAUCGCAGCUCCAAGGCAGCAAAUCUUUGUUUGCUGCAUUAUUGAAGCAGUGCGACGCCAAAAAUGUAAUGGCUAUUUGUCUGGUAACAUUACGUAGCCGAUCGCCUUCGUUUUUGUAUGCGUUGAUCCCGAACAUCACAUUCGCCGGAUUUUAUGCGUACAAAUUACCAUUUACAGAGAAUAUACGAGAUUUUUCUUCUAUCCUGUCCCAGUAUUACUAUAAUGAAACAGACAAUAAAUGUCCCAUAAACAAUGAAACUGUGGAUGUUUGUUUUAAAUUUAUCAAAAAAACAUGCAUAAAAUACGAUCCUAUGAUGUUUAAAAAUCCUAAGCUGCACUCAGAAUUGGCUCACAUUGAAUCAUUGGCUAUGGAUAAAGAAUCCUGCGAGGUUCCGUUUGAUACCACGAUACCCGACAUAGAAGCUGCUAGUGCUCGGUUGGGUAAAUUUAGAGAUCUUUUUGAACAAGCUGUGCGUAUUCAUGACGAUACUCAAAAUAUUAAGAGGUCUGCGGAAUCCUCAUCAAACGUAUCUAACAAGAUUCGCAAGGUCGAUGAGACGUUAAAUAUCGAAGAUCUUGUACGAACUAGAAGAGUGGAAAAUUGUACAGUAAUGCAAUUGAAAAACUACUUGAAGAGCGUUGGUCAAAGUUCAGUUGGUAAAAAGAAUGACUUAGUGGAUAAGGUGUACAGUUUAUUCUAGACAACGUAAAGGUGAUAACAAAUACUUUUCUUCUGUAUUCUUUUUUCUCUUAUCUUGAAGAAAUAUAUUUUGGUAAUGAUGUACAGCAUUUUUAAUGAAGAAAAUCCCUUGCAUUAUCCGUCAUUUUUAUAAAAUCACUUGAGCUGACUUUUGG